GUGGUAUUUCUCUGUCCCUUCACUUCCCAAUACACUGGUGUGCAUGAGCACGCACACACGCACACACACACGCACACACAGCCGCUUUCUGUCUGGGAGUCCUGGGACAACAACUCGGAUGGGAUUCUGAGCUGGGAGGAACAGGAGAAGGAGCAAAGGUGCAGGCUGGUUCCCCUCUCAGGUCCCAGCUGUGUGGGCAUUCUUGCAAGCGGCUUCCCUGGGACUGUCCCAGGGACUGGAGGCAUGGAGCUGAGCUGACCACGGGAGCCGAGAUCGGGACUGAGCCAUGCAGAUGAGGGGUUCCCGCCCUCCCACACGGGUCAAGCCGAGCAAGCAGGGAGCAAAGCGCCUACCAGAAGGAGGAAGCUGCCCCAGCUCGGGCUGUGGGGAGGCGCGAGCAUGCUUGUGCCAGAGAAGGGCAACAAGGGAGCCGCGGGGAGGUGCAGGCGGCCACCGGCUGAAGCGGGCAGCCCACAGUGUGUGAAGGACUAGCCGGAGUCAGGUUUUGGUGCCAUGCACACAGGGAGGUUUAAAGCCCAGAGAGCACGUGUGAGUUGCCUAAGGUCACACAGCAAGUUAGAGACUCAGCUCCAUCACUUAUUGUAUUGGCAGUGCCUGUCUCACCACCCUGCUCCACGGCCUCCCGGUCCAUCUCGUGGCCAUGGACAGAAAAGUGGCAGUCCCCGAGGACGGGCCUCCUGUGGUCUCCUGGCUCCCUGAGGAGGGAGAGAAGUUGGACCAGGAAGGCGAGGACCAGGUGAAGGAUCGGGGCCAAUGGACCAACAAGAUGGAGUUUGUGCUGUCAGUGGCCGGGGAGAUCAUUGGGCUGGGGAAUGUCUGGAGGUUUCCCUAUCUCUGCUACAAAAAUGGAGGUGGAGCCUUCUUCAUCCCCUACUUCAUCUUCUUCUUCACCUGCGGUAUCCCAGUGUUCUUCCUGGAGGUGGCGCUGGGCCAGUACACCAGCCAAGGCAGCGUGACAGCCUGGAGGAAGAUCUGCCCCCUUCUCCAGGGCAUCGGUCUGGCGUCCGUGGUCAUCGAGUCCUAUCUGAACAUCUACUACAUUGUCAUCCUCGCUUGGGCCCUCUUCUAUCUGUUCAGCUCCUUUACCUCUGAGCUGCCCUGGACAACCUGUACCAAUCCUUGGAACACAGAGCAUUGCAUGGACUUUCUGAACCGCUCAGGAGCCCGCACAGCGACCCCCUCUGAGAACUUCACCUCACCUGUCAUGGAAUUCUGGGAGAGACGUGUUUUGGGCAUCACCUCAGGCAUCCAUGACCUGGGAGCCCUGCGCUGGGAGCUGGCCCUGUGCCUCCUGCUGGCCUGGGUCAUCUGCUACUUCUGCAUCUGGAAGGGGGUCAAGACCACGGGCAAGGUAGUUUACUUCACAGCCACGUUUCCCUACCUGAUGCUGGUCAUCCUCCUGGUCCGAGGCAUCACCCUUCCCGGAGCCUACGAGGGUGUCAUCUACUACCUGAAGCCCGAUUUGCUUCGCCUCAAGGACCCCCAGGUGUGGAUGGACGCGGGCACCCAGAUCUUCUUCUCCUUUGCCAUCUGCCAGGGAUGCCUGACGGCCCUGGGAAGCUACAACAAGUACCACAACAACUGCUACAGGGACUGCAUCGCCCUGUGCUUCCUGAACAGCGCCACCAGCUUCGCGGCUGGGUUCGUGGUCUUCUCCAUCCUGGGCUUCAUGGCCCAAGAGCAGGGGGUGCCCAUAUCUGAGGUGGCCGAGUCCGGUCCCGGUCUGGCCUUCAUCGCCUUCCCCAAGGCUGUGACGAUGAUGCCCUUAUCCCAGCUGUGGUCCUGCCUUUUCUUCAUCAUGCUCAUCUUCCUAGGCCUGGACAGCCAGUUUGUCUGUGUGGAGUGCCUGGUGACAGCCUCCGUGGACAUGUUCCCCAGUCAGCUCCGGAAGAGCGGGCGGCGGGAGCUCCUCAUUCUGGCCAUCUCGGUCCUGUGCUACCUGAUAGGGCUCUUCCUGGUUACGGAGGGCGGGAUGUAUAUCUUCCAGCUGUUUGAUUAUUACGCUUCCAGUGGCACCUGCCUGCUCUUCCUGGCUGUGUUUGAAGUGAUCUGUGUCGGCUGGGUGUAUGGGGCAGAUCGUUUCUAUGACAACGUCGAAGAUAUGAUUGGCUACCGGCCAUGGCCCUUGGUGAAGAUCUCCUGGCUCUUUCUGACCCCUGGACUUUGCCUGGCCACCUUCCUCUUCUCCUUGAGCAAGUACACACCUCUCAAAUACAACAACAUCUACGUGUACCCUCCCUGGGGCUACUCCAUCGGCUGGUUCUUGGCUCUCUCCUCCAUGGUCUGCGUCCCACUCUUUGUCAUCAUCACCCUUCUGAAGACCCAGGGUUCCUUCAAGAAGCGCCUGCGACAGCUCACCACCCCUGACCCCAGCCUGCCACAACCCAAGCAGCACCUGUAUCUGCAUGGUGGUACCAGCCAGGACGACGGGCCUUCCCCAGCGAAGGAGGGACUAAUAGUUGGCGAGAAGGAGACUCACUUGUAGCAGCCAGGUGGCUAUGGAGCCUGGAACCUCUGUCAGGGCCACCACAGUGGACAGCCUUCGCCUCUGUCCCUUAACGCAGUCCGGCUGAGAACCUCUGUGAUGUCCACAGCCAGAGGCCAGGCAUCCUCAGAGGGGACAGCUCCUUCUGGUGGGUGAGAGGGGGUCCUGCUGGAACACAUCUUCUUAUUUAUAAAGGAAGGUGGUCUUUUUUGAGUCCACCAUCUGAUUCUAGCACAUUACGCUGUGUGGGAGCUCCCACUCUGGGGAUGUUCCAGCUUCCUAUAUUUGUGUGUUGGGGGGGUAGUGCUGACGGGAAUACAUAUCACGCUUUGACUUGGAGAGCCCGAUGGAACACAAUGUGUUUGAAGUGACAACUGAACACACCAUAUUGGAUUCUGACAUUGCUUUAGAGGGGGUCCUUCACUAGGCUUGGUAGUCUGGAGUUCAUGGGGAAGGAACUAGAGAAACAAAAAGCCUUCACAAGCCAUCAUGGUCUUGAAUUUUCCUGGAAGCGUCUCAAGGUGUCCCCAGUUCCACACUCUUCCUGCAAUUUGUGUCCUCAACCCAUGGAGCAUUGGAAUGGAAGGAACUUAGAGAUGAUCCCUAGGCUGUUCCAAGGAGGGUGUCAGUACUUUCCUCUGCCCGAGGCAGACCUUGCUAAUCAAUCAGAGAGUCUUUCCCACCGCACAGUCCUUCCAAAUACAGUGCUCCAGGCAGCUCCAUUUGCCAUCCUGCUUUUGUCCAACCUCCUGACUUCUUGCGGGAGGAAAUUGAGGACCAAAGAGAAAGUGACUUUUUCAUGUUCACACAGCUAUGCACCUGGCCUCCUUGUUCUCAGGCCAGGGUUCUUCCCAUGAUACCCUCUUGCCUUAGUUAACAAGCAUGUAUGGAUCAC